AUGCCGGCGUGCUCUUUGUCUGUUCAAGAGAAGCUGGCGAGGGAUAUGGAGAAGUGUUUCGCAACGAAGCUGGUGGGUUUCUUCUCUGUGCUGUAUACAGCAGCAGCAGCAGCAGCAGCAGCAGCAGCAGCAGCAGCAGCAGCAGCAGCAGCAGCAGCAGCAGCAGUAGCAGCAGCAGCAGCAGCAGGAGCAGCAGCAGCAGGAGCAGGAGCAGGAGAGGAUGGUGUAUAG